AUGGCAUUUCAGGUUUUGCCGCUGGCCAUCACAGCUCUAAUACCUAUGGUGGCCUUCCCAUUCUUUGAAAUAAUGAAAAGUGACGAAGUUGCUCAAGCUUACCUACCAGACACCUCGUUUCUCUUCAUUGGAGGUUUGAUGGUUGCUGUAGCUGUUGAAAAAUCAGAUCUACACACCCGAAUUGCUUUGUUCGUGCUACGAGUAGUUGGAUCACGUCCAAAAUGGAUAAUGGCUGGUUUCAUGGGAGUGACGGGAUUUUUGAGCAUGUGGAUAUCAAACACGGCCACAGCAGCUCUCAUGGUACCGAUAGUGCAAUCUGUGAUUACUGAACUUGUGGCGAAUCACAGCAAUCUUUUCACGCCGCGUGAACAUCUAAUGGCAAAAGGGCUUCUGAUAUCUGUUUGUUUCGCCGCCAAUAUUGGAGGAUCAGCGACAAUCACUGGCACUGCGUCAAACCUAGUGCUACUUGGACAGUUGGAGAAGUUAUUUCCUAACGCUGACACGGGAAUAAAUUUUGUUUCGUGGAUCACAUUCGCGUUUCCGCAAGCUCUUGCUUGUCUUGUGUUCGUCCUCAACGUUGUUUUUCUAAGAGAUGCUCCACAAGGGUCUGCUAUUGUUUCGCGGAAGUUGAGAGAAAAAUAUGAAAAACUUCCGAGCACCACUUUUGCAGAGAUGGCAGUCAUGGCAUGCUUCACUCUUCUUCUGGCGCUGUGGAUGCUUAGAGAACCACACGUCAUACCUGGUUUUGGGGCCUAUUUCAAGCGAGGGUAUAUUAGUGAUGCGACAAGCGCAAUAUUCGUUGUCUUACUACUCUUCAUUAUACCGGAUAAACGUCCCAUAUCCGGGCGCCAUGUCGUGCGUGAUUCACUUCUGGACUGGCCAACCAUACAAGAACGAUUCCCGUGGAGCGUUGUGCUUCUCUUGGGUGGUGGUUUUGCUUUAGCUGCUGGAGUAAAGGAAUCGCAUCUGUCGAUUGAGAUAGGUGAAGUCAUGCAACGUCUGUCGAUGUUUCCAGUCAACGUAAUAAUGUUGAUCUGUAUCUGUAUAACUGUUUGCUUGACCAACAUUUGUUCGAAUACAGUAAUUGCCUCGAUCUUUAUACCAAUUGUUGCAGAGUUAGCGAGAUCACUUGACACCAAUCCACUAUUUUUCAUGCUUCCUGUAGCUGUUUCGUCAUCAUUCGCAUUUUUGUUCCCCGUCGCUACUCCACCGAAUGCGAUCGUUUUUGGCACAGGGCUUGUGCAAGUGGCCGACAUGGUUUUU